UAUUCUAACAACUGUUCAAAAAAUAAAUCAAUAACCUGACCCUACUGUUACCUGGGUGUAACAUGGACCAGACACUUAACUAAAUUUUCGUAUUCCACGUUGUACCGUUUCGAUCUUUUUUUUUGAAGUAUUUAAUAUAUACGUGGAAAAAGGAUAAAAAAGGAGACAAGAUGUUGAACAGGUUAUUCGUCAGGACUUUCAGGACAUACUCAGUUUUGAAGAAGGCUGCCAAGCCCCAGGUGAGUUCGCUGGAGAUCCCGAGGCCGAAGAUAAAACGGGACUUGGACGACAACCGAGGCUAUAAGUUCGACGCGGAGCUGAACCUUCACUCGUACCUUGAGAGGUCAGGCCCGUUGGCACUGGGCGGAGGCGAAGCUGAAGGCUUUAAGUCGAGGGACAUGCGAACCGGAUGUGAACCGGCGUCGCCCGAAGAGGCAAAGCAAGUCCUCGACUUCUUCAAGAACCGGGAGAAGCCGCCGGCAGAGCCCAAGGUGGUGAACCUCAAGGAACUGCUCAUGAAGCCGAAGAAGGAGGUGAAGAAGAUCCCUUUGCCAAGAACGUCAGAGAGCGGUGCCUCCAUUCUGAAACGCCACCGGGGUAACCAGUACCAGGGCUUCCAGGGCGAAGAUCCGGUCAGCCUGUCGCCCAAGAACAUGCAGAGAGUCCAAAUGGCCAACAUGGCAAAAGCCAGGCUGGCGAAAAGGGCCGAGCAGCAAAGCGACGAAGUGUACAAGCGGACCCAAGGGCAAACCUUCAGGGCGCCACCGAGGCCUAAGGCGUGAUUGAUUGAGAAACGCAGAAAUACUUAAGAGUACAUAAUCUAACAUUGUCUUUGUCUAAUAACAAAUUUUGUGUAAUUAUACCUUGUUCUAAAUUA